GGGGGAUUUGGGGAAAUGGGUGGAGUCCUUUGUGCCCAGUGUAGUGCGCUGGGGGUCCAGCAGGGGGAGGUGUUGAGAACAGAGGGAGGAGCUGUGGAGCUGGAGGUGCAGCCGCGACGUUGCUCCACGCGGACGGGAGUAGAUGCCUCCUCGGGAUCCCGGAGAGAAGCGCAGCAGCUCCGCGGUGAGUUCUACCCCCGCCCUGGACAGAUGAGCUGUGAGAAGCCGCCGCUGCCCCCCGCCGAUAUGGGCGUGGAGCAGGAUGCAGGUCCAGUGGCGGUUCCUGAAGCUCCGCCGGAGGCAGCGCGUGGCGGGUGGGACAGUAAAGUGGAGUACUUUCUGGCUCAGGUGGGCUUCAGCGUGGGGCUGGGGAACGUGUGGAGGUUCCCUUAUCUCUGCCAUCAGAACGGAGGAGGGGCGUUCCUGUUGCUGUAUAUAGUCCUGAUGGUGUUGGUGGGGGUCCCGUUGUUUUUUCUGGAGCUGGCUGCCGGUCAGCAUAUCCGUCAGGGCAGUAUCGGAGUGUGGAGACACAUCUCUCCCAAACUGGUGGGCAUUGGAUACUCCAGCUGUGUGGUGUGUUUCUUCGUGGCUCUGUAUUAUAACGUGAUCAUUGGCUGGAGUAUAUUUUAUCUCCUGAACUCCUUCCAGAGUCCGUUGCCGUGGGAGAAGUGCCCCAGAGAGGGAAACAAUACAGUGGCUGAAUGUGCUGCGAGUUCCGCCACCUCGUACUUCUGGUACCGGAAAGCUCUGGACGUCACGGACUCCAUCAGCGAGACCGGGCAGUUUAACCUGGUCAUCACCGGCUGUCUGGCCAUAGCGUGGGUCAUCGUCUGUCUUGCCAUGUACAAGGGAAUCAAAUCCACCGGCAAGGUGAUGUAUUUUUCCUCGGUGUUUCCGUACGUGGUGCUGCUGUGUUUUCUGGUCCGAGGUCUGAUGCUAGACGGAGCUUCGGAGGGCAUCAUGUACAUGCUGUACCCCAAGCUGGAGAUCUGGGGUAACGUGCAGGUGUGGCGUCAGGCGGCUACGCAGGUGUUUUUUGCGCUGGGGUUGGGUUUCGGUUCCGUUAUUGCGUACUCCUCCUACAACCCGCGCAGCAACAACUGUCACCGUGACGCCAUCACCGUCUCAAGCGUCAACUUCUUCACCUCCGUCCUGGCCUCGCUGGUGGUGUUCGCCGUGCUGGGAUUCAGAGCCAAAACCUUCGCCAAGGAGUGCAUCAUACGUAAUCUGAAGCUGGUAUCUGAGGCUGGUAUUACUUCUCUGCUCAUCAACGUGACGGAGCCAAAUUCCGUGUCUUUGGAGACGUAUGCACACUGGUAUGAGUUCCAAGGCAAGGGGCUGUACAUCACUGACACCAACAUCACAUCCUGUAAUCUGGAUGACGAGAUGAAGAAGGGUGUACAGGGAACAGGUUUGGCAUUCAUUGUGUUCACUGAGGCGAUGACGUUGUUUCCAGCUUCUCCGUUUUGGUCAGCCCUGUUCUUCCUCAUGUUAUUGAACCUCGGUCUGUCCACCAUGUUUGGCACCAUGGCAGGAAUCCUAACCCCCCUCACCGACACCUUCAAAACGCUCCGCAAACGCAAACUGUGCUUCACAGCAUGUAGCUGUGCGGUGGGCUUUUUGAUUGGUCUGUUGUUUACUCAGCGCUGUGGGAAUUAUUUUGUGGUGAUGUUUGAUGAUUAUUCAGCUACACUGCCGCUCAUCAUCGUCGUUGUUUUCCAAACUGUCAGCAUCGCCUGGGUGUACGGAGCAGACAGGUUCCUUGAGGACAUAAGGCAGAUGCUGGGCCGGCCAGUGUGGGGAGUGUAUAAGUACCUGUGGAAGUAUGUGUGUUUGUCAGCCAUGCUGGGGCUGCUCUGUGCCAGCUUACUGCGCAUGUGUUUCAGCAGACCCAAAUACACAGCCUGGAACCGAGAGAAGGCCGUGGAGGAGGAGUUGGAGUAUCCUGAUUGGGCUCUGGCCGUCCUGUCAUCUCUCAUAGUCAUCGCAGUGCUGCCGGUUCCUCUGGGAUACGCCUACUCUGUCCUGCAGCAGCGCACUGGGCAAUCAGCUCUGGACACUGAGGCAGGAUACGCCCCCUGCAGCACAACAGACACUGACCCCACCCCCAACAGUACUCCAAUGGCUGAGGAGAACUUCGGGCUCCUGGCAUGCGGUGAGGGGGCGGAGCAAGGGGAGGAGUCUACCAGAGUAUAAACAGGAGAGUUACUGAAGUCUUUUCUCGUACAAAACAGCCCGGUGUGCCCGAACGGCCGAGAGGGUCCACCUGCUGCUGGAAUCAAACCCGGGAUCACAGACAGUCAAACUUGCUUGUUUUCGUUUUGUUUUUUGUUUUUAUUUUUUUAUUUAGAUCCUGAACUGCCCACGUCUGUCUCUGGACGUGAGCCGAUGUGAACAGUUCUACUGCUGUGCAGUAAUGAGGUCAUUCAGUACUUUAGCAGGAACUUUUACACCAGCUGAAAGGAACGCUAAGCCUUUGUCUUUCCUUCCGUUAUAUUCUUUCCUUUUGAUCAAGGAAGGAGUUUGUUAGUUUCAUGAGCUGGUUGGUUUCCGCCUGCUUGACGCCUCCAAACCAUCCAAAUAUUACAGCAGUUCACGACUGGGGGGUGGAGCGCUUACCACCGCCAAGCCGUGUCUUCAGUGACAUUUCAGCAUCGGAAACUACGAGGUUUAGCUGGUUUACAUGUUCACCAAAUAUGUCAACAUUUUCCGUUUAUUUUCACUCCCCAUCGUUCAAUCCAUCUCAGACCAUCUAAUCAACAACUGCUAAAUUAAUUACUAAUAUUAGUAGUGUAAUAACUCUGUAGGUGUCUGACCAGAGGAGGACGGGUCCCCCCUGGUGAGCCUGGUUCCUCCCAAGGUUUCUUCCUCAGCUCUGAGGGAGGUUCUCCUUGCCACUCUUGCUCACCUGGGGGUUUUACAUUCCUGUUAAAACUCUGUCUUUUCCGGAAUUCUGUGAAGCUGCUUUGUGACGACAUCCGUUGUAAAAAGCGCUGCUAAUAAAUUAGACUUGAAAAUUUGAGAAAUGAUAAAAAGAGAGCAGCUGGUUCGCAUUAGCUCAGCUAGUGUGGUAACAGCUCUGCUCACCACAGGACGUGUUGGAUUCUGAGUGACUAAAGCACCGACGCAAGUUUAGAUGAUAAGGACUCCAAUAUGCAGGCGUGAAGUGCAGCAGCUGGAGCUGAAGGAGCAGAAGGAGAAACUGUUCUGUGGUGUUUGGAUCUGUGACUUGAUUGGUUAGCUUAGCAAACCGAUCACACAGAGCUGCACACCGCAGCACAGGCGUGACUCUGCUGGCACAGUUGGCCAAACAGGACACACUUUCUGAUGUUCCUGCGAUGUUCUUGCUCGGACUCCAUCUAUCAUCUAUGGUCUUCCAGGGACAGCAGUGAUUGGUCGACUGAGUCUGUAUCACCUUCCCUUUGGCGAGGAUGUAAUCAGUACUGCACAUGUUUGAAUUGAUUGGUUAGAACAGCUCUGCUUUGUUGUUGGAAGUGACCUCCAUCAGUGACUGUGCUCGUUUUAUAUCGUACUGGACACCCACACUAACAUCCGCCAGUGCAGCUGUACCGCAGAUGCUCACUUUGCGUCCCAAAUUGGGAACGUAUUUAUUUCCAACCUCAUUUUUGUUACAAGGAACAGAAUUUUUAUCGCCGUAAAUCAGCGAGUUCUGUCGCUGAUGUGCCUCAAGUGUUUCCUACGGUCUGUGAGCAGCAUUCGCGGCUCAGCCAUCGAUCACAGACGUUGGUUUGUUUGGACCAUCAAGACUUUUAUUAUUCCUUCUUGUACGUUUAAAGACUUUACAUGUGACUGAUCUAAAAGGCCUCCUUGACCUCUUAGAACCAGGAGAGCCUUUCUGGAAAAUUCUACACCCUUUACUUCAGAUGCACGAAGAAAGUGUCAAUUAUUGUUUUACUGUUACUUGUAGUUUUCCAAAAGUUUUGAUGUACAGUUUUUGCUGUAGAUUUUUUUGGGAAUACGUUUAAUGAUGUUUUUAUUUUGUCUUUUUUUUAUAUAAAGUCACUCGUACUUACUGAAACAUACCAGCUGUUUAAAAGGUAUAAAUGAACUCAAACAGGGUAAAAAAGGAACUGGUGCUGCCGAGUCAUUCCAUCCCAAAUCACUCUACUCCACUCAUUAGCUACACCUUUAUAAAAUAUGGGGUUCUUUAAGGGUUCCUUAGUAACACCAGUGGCCACAAAAACUCAGAGACCCAGAGGAAAGUGAUACUCUGAAUGAGAUCUCCACUUGAUCUCCGGUUCUUCUCCAGUUUGAAAUCAGAGUGAGACUGAGGCCGUUUUCUCCUCCUUCUGAAAUUCGGCUCCUGAGAAAUAAAAGUGAUUUUCUUACUUUGACCCAAAUGUCGUCCCACGUGUGGAUCAACUCUUUAGAGUCUGACUCGUCUCACCUGAGUAAUAUCUCUAUAAGAAAAGAGUGAGAUCUCAUCGUUCUAGAUCACAGAACCCUCUCGGCAGUCCGUCAGUGCAAAAGGAGAACUCACUCAGGAGGAACAGCUCAGAAAUCACUGAUCCUUCAUUAAAAUAACACCGAGAUCUGCUUUAUUUCUCUGAGACGGUCCAAAAGAGGUUUUUACUCUAGCUAGCGCUUUAAAUGGUUCUUUGCUUGUCAGGAAGUUGUUUUUGUGUUGAAACUUUAAUUAUGCUUCAGUCGCUUCCACGUGGUUCUCCGUCUCAGCUAGUAAUGAGCGUUCCAAGCACUUUACAGUCUGAUCACCGCUAUGGAUAGAUAGGUUUACAUUCUGAAUCAAGGUUAGUCUUUAGGGGGUACACAUUAAUUUAAAAAGGAUUAAAACCUAAUUUGCUAUUAUUUUCUUUAUCUUGCAAGAAGUAAUGGAUGCCAUGUCAUUCAGUUCUUUUAAAUUAAGUGAUACUUUUUUAAUCCCACUAACGGGGAAAUUCCACCUCCGUGUUUAACCCAUCCGUGAAGUGAAACACCACAUACACACUAGUGAGCACACACACUAGGGGGCAGUGAGC